GCGGAGCGCACUGAGAGCCCUACUUUCUCGUGAGCCCGAGCCCGGCAAAUGGGCGAAUGAGGAAGGAGAGCAGGGACAUGGACUGCUAUCUGCGUCGCCUCAAACAGGAGCUGAUGUCCAUGAAGGAGGUGGGGGAUGGCUUACAGGAUCAGAUGAACUGCAUGAUGGGCGCACUUCAAGAACUGAAGCUCCUCCAAGUGCAGACAGCAUUGGAACAGCUGGAGAUCUCUGGAGGCACGCCCACCUUCAGCUGCCCUGAGAGCUCACAGGAACAGCCUGAGUGCCCUCACUGGCAGGGUAGUGGAGGUCCUGCUGGGCCUGCUGCCUGUCCCUCCUCCAGCCAACCAUCUUUUGACAGCAGCCCCAAGUUUCCAUGCCGUAGGAGUGUCUGUGGGAAGGAGCUGGCUGUCCUUCCCAAGACCCAGCUGCUGGAGCACCAGAGCUGUACCCAACAGGGGACAGAGUGGGUGGAGCCAGACGACUGGACCUCCACGUUGAUGUCACGGGGCAGAAAUCGGCAGCCUUUGGUGUUGGGGGACAAUGUUUUCGCAGACCUGGUGGGCAACUGGCUAGAUUUACCAGAAUUGGAAAAGGGCGGGGAAAAGGGUGAGACUGGGGGAUCCAGUGAACCCAAAGGAGAAAAAGGCCAGUCCAGAGAUCUGGGCCGUAAGUUUGCCCUUACUGCAAACAUUUUUAGGAAGUUCUUGCGCAGCGUGCGGCCUGACCGAGACCGGCUGCUUAAGGAGAAGCCAGGCUGGAUAACACCCAUGGUCUCUGAGUCACGAGCAGGACGCUCGAAGAAAGUCAAGAAGAGGAGCCUUUCUAAGGGCUCAGGACGGUUCCCUUUCUCAAGCACAGGAGAGCCCAGACACACUGAAACCCCUGCCACAAGCAGCCCCAAGGCCUUAGAACCCUCCUGUAGGGGCUUUGACAUUAACACAGCUGUUUGGGUCUGA